UUCCUCUUGUCAUUUUAUUUAUUUUCAUUUUGUCAAAUAAUAAAAUCUGAAAUCUGUAGAUUGUUAAGUUAACUGUUAAUAUCUUUUGAAUAUAAUUAUAUAUUUUACUUUACACUUGAAAUUUCGUAAUACCUUCUAUUAAGUUAAGUUAGUUGUUGAACAACACAUCUGUAAUGCCAGAACAUUUGACCAUAGGUUCGGCUGAACCGCCCUUGAGUCCAGGAAAACUUAGGCUUUAUGGAAUGAGGUUUUGUCCGUAUGAUCAUCGAGUGCAUCUAGUACUAUUGGCAAAGAACAUACUACAUGAUGUUGUGUGGAUCAAUUUAAAGAACAAGCCGGAAUGGUACGUAAAAAAAAUCCCAACAGCAAAAGUACCUGCGUUGGCCAUCGGAGAGAAAUGUUUGUGGGAGAGUCUGAUCAUCGCAGACUAUCUAGACGAACAAUACACGGAGAGACCUCUGCAUAGCAGCAACACACUUCAGAAAGCCAAGGAUAGAAUUCUGAUUGAGUCUUUUGGACCGAUAUCGGGGGCAUUCUACAAAUUUAUCAUGACAAAGCCAACUCCAACCACUGAAGAGUUUGAGGUUGUUGUUCGUGAAGUAAAAGUAUUUGAUCAGGAGCUGGCUAACCGGGGGACACCUUUCUUUGGAGGUUCUCAGCCAGGAAUGGUGGACUACAUGAUCUGGCCGUGGUUUGAGCGAUUUGGAGCAGCGAAAAUUGUAUUCGGCGAACAAUUUGAUAUGACUUCAAAAUACCAAGCUGAAAUUCCUCACAUUGUCUCUUGGAUGAAUGCUAUGAAGGAAGACAGAGCUGUCAAAGAAUACGCUUUAUCACCAGAAACACAUGCAAGAUACAUGAAGGGUUAUAUGGCUGGAAAUAGUGACUACAACAUGGAGAUUUAAACACUUAAGGUCCUCUAGCAUUUCUGAUUUGAUCAUGACAAAUGCGACAGACAGUAUUAACAGGUUAUGGAGGUUUUUUGUCCACAAGAAGUGAUCGCAUAGUCCAUUUUCAUUUAUGUUCGGAUAAAGAUUUAAGUUUUUGCAGUAGUUUUCAAUUGUACCAAGAGAUCAUUGGUAAUUUUGAAUUCUAUUCAUAAAGUGCCACAUCUUGCAGCCAAGUUUCAACUGAAAGAUCAUGCAACCAAGCUGCAAAAAAUAUUCAAAUAGAACUACGAGUAAACACUAAAUCCUCAAACCAAAGAAAAACUCAAACUGUUGAAACUCCAGGAAUAUACUUUGAUUUAUUGGUUUUGUAUAGAAGGAUAUUCAAUAAUUAAAAACAAUUUUUGUUGAACUAAUUUUAGGGUGAGUGCACCAGUGAAUGACCAUUUUGUAUAGACAUCAAAAUAAACUUUUUGUUUUGCUUAGUCUAUCAUAAUCGGUCGUUAAAGUAACAUUGGAGCCUUAUUGGGUCCACCCAGUUACCAGUUCAAGGAAAGUGUCAUCGUCCUAACAAAAUUAAAUAUUACUAUCACUUUCUCUUCAAGCUUCCCACUAUAGUGUCUCGCACAAGCAAGAUUGGUUGUAUUUGAUCUGGUUCUCUGAUUAUUGAUGAAAGCAUUGGACACUGCAAUGGUAUGUAAUUUCAUAGUUAAAAUGUUAAUGUACAAUUCAAUACUCAUUUUAUAAUAAAAAUCCUAACCAAGAAUUAUUUAAACAGCCGGUCAUUUACUGGAGCACAUCUUUGGAAUUAAUGAAUUACUGUUUUGGUAAUUAACUAGAUUUGGAUAAAUUUGUAUUCAAUGUUUUGGAAAAGAUUUUUUCAUGUUGGUUUGGUUACUAAUAAAUUUAUGCUUGUAUAUUUUUAUACUCUAUUUAUGUUUAAUGAAAUAAAUAUUUUUAUAGAAGGUGUUAA